AUGCCCAUCAACAGGUCAACCGACACCCUUGAAGCGCCGUACAAUGAUCAACACAGUGUUCUCUAUGAGCAUCAUCUCAAGACCAACAACACUAGCUCACCAAAGACGCUCACUCCAGCAUCUCCGUUAGAGGAGGGAGAUCAAUUGGCAGUUCAGACCAUAGUGGAAGAAGAGAAAAAACUUGAAGAAGGCGAUUUUUCAAAAACUGGAUUUCAAAAGACAAAAAGUCUCUUUAAAAUUGCAACGGAUAUGAUGAAACAUAGUGAGUGGCAAUGGUCGGAUUCGAUCGGAUUGGGUUAUUAUUUGAAUUUUAGAAAAGAAAAAAUCGACCGUGAUUUUUCUCAUGUGAUAGAUGAAGCCUUUAAAUACAAUUCCGAAAAGAGAUGUUUUGUCAAAAACGAUACUGAAAUUAGCGUUGAAACAAUUGAGCUAUGGAAAGAGUAUAUCACAUGUAUUAGGCUUCUUUUUAAGGAAUACGAUAAUUUAAUGUUGAAAACAACUUUUGAGUAUGCGGAUGUAUUGGAAUACGAACCAAAGGGAAAUGCCCAAAGAAGUGCAUACGCAAUUUGUAGAGAUACAAAACGAAAAAAACUAUUGCUACUGAUAGAAGGCACUAAAUCUUUCCAUGAUCUCCUUGCAGAUCUCAAUGCCGAAGCUUUUGCUUUUAAAUGUGAUGCAUUUUCUCCAUCAGAAAAUCAUUUUGUUCAUUCUGGAAUGCUGGAACGAGCCUAUUGGUUUUAUUAUCAAAUUAUUCCAAAGAUUGAAAAUUAUUUGAAAACAGAUUUCCCUGAUUACUCAUUCACCAUUGUCGGUCAUUCAUUGGGUGCUGGAACAGCUGCCAUUCUAACAUUACUACUUGUGUCCAAGAUUCCAUCUAUUAGUUGUUUGGCAUUUGCAUGCCCUAAAAUUUUCUCGCACGAACUUGCACGAUCAGAUUUGGUGAAGCGAUACAUUACAAGUUUUAUCAAUCAAGAUGAUUUUGUACCAUUAUUUUCUGUUGAGAGUUUUAGAGAAUUUAAAAAUAAGAGAAUGACCAAUUGGAAAUCAGAAGUCAUGAAUGAGACACAGCUUGGAAAAUUUCUAAAAACAACGGAUUCGUUAUUGGGUCAGAGCGGUGUGUACAAUGCUUUUUCUAGCCUAAAAAACGGAAUUAUGAGUGGAUACAAUUAUAUUGUAAACGGGUCAGAGAAAACCAGUCACCAAAAACCUCCAAUAAUGUCUACUUCUUCUAUGACAAAGGAAAAAUCCCUACCUCCUUUACCAAAAAACCUUACAAAGAAAAGACUCAUUAAGGUGCAGGAAUUCAAGGAUCAACAAGUUGAUGAAGAGGAUGAACUCUUCUUUUCGAAUCUUGUCAAGCAAUACGAAGAAAGUAUUUCACAACAAGACUCAGCUGUCGGUGAAGAAUCGUGCUCUCAACAAUGUACCAACAUCAAUGAUGAUGUUGUGACAGAUUCCUUUACAGGAAUCACUUACGUGACACAAGAAAAUUCUAUAAUGGCUACGGCUGGUUACUCUUCAAGUCCAAAUGAGAGCUGUGUUACUGAAGAAGAAUCAGAGAGGUAUCACACAACGAUGGAACUUGUUUCACAAUCUAGCCAACAAACGGAUCUCGCUGAAGCAAUUCCAAACUCACAAUCAAUGAGCGUGAGCUCAGUUUCAACGGCUACCACCAGCAGAACGCAACAAAUUUCGAUGAGAGAACUUCCCAAGCUGCCUCAAUCCUUCACAACUGGGGUUCACUUGUAUUCUCCUGAAAACAUCUUUUUAUUGAGAACCAUCGAUUCUAAGGUGUAUCUCAAACAAUGUAAACCUUCAGAAUUUGAGCAUCUUGAUUUUGUUGGAACGUAUGUGGCAGAUCAUUUUUCUCGAAGCUAUAUUUCCUCUAUUGAAGGUUUACUGCAGAGCACUACCAGAAAAUUACCUCCUUUACCUUCAAGCUUGCUCGCCAAAAAGAUGAUUGCUGACCUUCAUCAGUGUGAACCUCAGCAAAAUUCAUCUGAUGCUGACAGCACACAAAUAUAA